UCCGUUUGAUUGGUCUCUGCUGCUGCGUGUUUGUUCCUGAGCUACUGCUGGCUGCGUCGCCGUGACCGCAUUUAAAUGUUGCGAAGAGUUUUGUUUUUGGUUGGACCUAACGCUAACCGCUCGCUGUGUUGCCUGUGACGUUGUUGAGGUUCGUUUGAUUUAUCCGCAGGACAGCCCGCCUGCCCCGCGUGCUUCGCGUACCGUUGUGUCCAGGAAAAAUCUCUGUCCGUUUUUUUGGGGCUUUUUGUCGCAGGUAGGAGAUUGUUUGAGUUGGCAAACAGCCACACGUGACGUGAAACAUGUGCCCCCGCUUUCUAGUCCACUGUUGAGCUCACAAACGUUUCCAUUGUUGGCAUUUUUUCCCCAUUUAGGAUGCACGAAGCCUGUCUGAAACCAGGCGCGCUUGAUUUUUAGACUAAACUCGCGUUAUUGUUUUUCCUUUUUUUCCCUUCAACAUUUCUGAGGCAGAUUGUUGACAUUUUCACGAAGCUGGAAAUUUCCCACAUUACCCGCAGCGAAGCAGCAUGCCCAUCAGACGCUUUGGGGGUCACAGGUCUUUAGUUUCUUACUCCCAAGCUACAAAUUUGUCGUAUGGUUACACGAAGAUGAACAUUUCCAGAAGUGGAUAUCGUGUUUUUGCUGCUAACUCUAGCGGCGUGUGCACCGAGCUAGCCAAGAAGAUAACAGAACGUUUGGGCGUGGAGUUGGGCAAGUCAGUGGUUUAUCAAGAGUCCAAUUCAGAGACUAGAGUAGAUGUGAAAGAAUCUGUCCGUGGGCAGGACAUCUUCAUCAUUCAGACCAUUCCCAGAGAUGUCAACACGGCCAUCAUGGAGCUGCUGGUCAUGGCGUAUGCACUGAAAACAUCUUGUGCCAAGAACAUCAUCGGAGUCAUUCCUUACUUUCCCUACAGCAAGCAAUGCAAGAUGAGGAAGAGAGGAUCCAUUGUUUGCAAACUGCUUGCUUCUAUGCUCGCUAAGGCCGGACUCACCCAUCUCAUCACCAUGGACCUCCACCAGAAGGAAAUCCAGGGUUUCUUCACCUUUCCUGUAGACAACCUGAGAGCGUCGCCGUACCUCAUCCAGUACAUCCAGGAGGAGAUCCCAGACUACAGGAAUGCCAUAAUUGUUGCAAAGUCCCCAUCAGCUGCUAAGAGGGCUCAGUCCUACGCGGAGCGACUGCGACUCGGGCUGGCGGUGAUCCACGGCGAGGCUCAACAUUCAGAGUCAGACAUGGCAGACGGUCGGCAAUCCCCCCCGCUGUCCCGGACCACCUCCGGACACCCCGGCCUGGAGUUACCAUUGAUGAUGGCGAAGGAGAAGCCGCCCAUCUCUGUCGUCGGAGACGUCGGAGGCAGAAUCGCCAUCAUUGUUGAUGACAUCAUAGACGAUGUGGAGGACUUUGUGGCGGCAGCAGAAAUCCUGAAAGAGAGAGGAGCCUACAAGAUCUACAUCAUGGCCACACAUGGCCUACUGUCUGCAGAGGCACCGAGACUAAUAGAGGAGUCAGCUAUCGAUGAGGUGGUGGUGACCAACACCGUCCCCCACGAGGUGCAGAAGCUGCAGUGUCCAAAGAUCCGAACCGUGGACGUCAGCAUGAUCCUGGCCGAGGCCAUCCGACGCAUCCACAACGGGGAGUCCAUGUCCUAUCUGUUCCGCAACAUCGCUGUGGACGACUGAGCACACACACACACGUUAAACCAUUCCAAACACUCAGACCGAGGUCGAACAAUCCAGUGUAUUAGCUCUGUUGUUCCUGUUUGUGUAGCUGUUGACCACGUUUAUACAUGAGACCAGAACAGAAGCCUGUAGACACAAAACCGUGUUUCUGCUACAAGAACGCUACACAAGCACAGCCUCUCUGUCAUCUGCUGAAUAAAGCUGCUGUUCUAGUUUA